AUGGGCGCGAUAAAGAACUAUGUGCUUAUCGGCGCGAUUCUGUUCGGCAUCGUGGCGAUAAUCCACGAAUGGAAUCCGGCGGCGUUGUCUUACUGGGGUCUGAGCCCGAAGAAGACGCUGGAAACGGACUGGGCCAAGUUAAUGGCGGAUCAGGGCCUGGCAGUGGAAGACGACUUGCAACCUGAGCGCAUUUUCAAGUCAGAACAGCUCUCGAACCCGACUGAUGGCAAGAUUUUCCUGGCGAUUCUCGGUCGGGUCUAUGACGUGACCGACGGCAAGGACCACUAUGGGCCCGGCGGUGGUUAUGCCUUUUUUGCGGGUGAGGUUGCUUCCUAG